CUAACAUAUCAUUACUGUUCUAUUGAAACUUUCUUUGCGUAAUUUCAGAUGAACAUUUUUUAAUUUUAACGUAGUAAAUGUUGAGUACCAGACGAUUUUUUCACUUCAGCUCUCGCCACGGACUGGGACUGUCCGUCUCCCGAGCCGUGCCCUGCAGGACCGGCCAUCUCUCACUCCAGUUCAGUAGCUCAUCCCGAAGAACCACAAAGUUUUGAUGGAAUCAAAACGCCCUCUGAGCGUUACUAUACAAGAUCUCAGCAAAAAUCCUCUGAUACUGAAUUCCCACAAACAUUCAACGAUGAUUAUAGACGGCGCACCGUGAGCGGGCCCGACAAGGCUUCGAGUUUUUCAACUUGGAGAGUAGUCGAUAAAGGAGAGAUCUGUACCUCGGGGGUGGAACACACUGCUGAUCAAUUAACUUCAACUGAAUGCAGUACCAGUAUGCACAUUGGAGGUAAGACCGCCUCUGUUCAGGACACUGCAGUGAUAGUUCACCAACAGUUGCAAACAAAAACAACUUUUACUCAUGAGCCUGCUUGUAACUUGCCUUUAUCAAGACCUAAGGGAAAUUCAUCAUCAGACAUGGAUAACUCACAGGAAGAUGCUUGUCAAGCUUCAUCCCUUGAAUUGCCAUCCAUCCCUCGAGUAGGUGAGGUCCAGGUCGAAACUGACUUGCGUAAUCUGAGUUCAGAAUAUAAAACCUCUCCCGCUCGUCAACAUCGCACUUCCACUUUGUCCGACCUCAUCUACUUAAACAAACUAAAAGUUUCAGUGAAAAAAUCCUAUCCGGUGAUACAUCAAUCAGGUUCAAAACUGAAACCAGAGUUAUAUUUGGCUCCUGCCGUGAACGAGAUGUCUGAAAUUGAGGGAUCAGUACAAGAUUCACCUUCCAAACCACUGGCGUCGUCUCCAGGAGGACGUUUUGAACUGGGAUUUAACGAUAAAAAAUCAGCCAAAAAUUGCGUGGCGACGAACGCUGAUGUUGACGUCACGAGUAACGUUCGUCGCGAGUUCCUGGUGGUCAACACCGUGAACCUGGGCGCGUCGAGCAGCACCGGAGAAGCCGCAGGAGCGACUCCAAGGAAUCGUAGGAGCCCUGCUGGCGUGGACCACUUCUACCUCAGGGGAGCCAACAAAAAGAUCACCAGGCCUGAUCUCCAGAGGUCGCCCAAAGCGUUCGUGCGCUACAGCCGCGCCGUCCGGCCUGAUGUUGCUGCUCAGUUCCCGGAUCAACCGUCAUCUGCUGUUUCUGCUCGCAUUGUGCACACGUGGAGGAAGAUGACGGCCGAAGAGCAAGCGACGUGGUCGCGACAGGCGCUGGACGUGGGCAAGGCGCGCGAGCGCCGACGCCCCGACCGCCAGUCCCAGCCGCUGGUCAAGCGCCGCCCACGGCAGCUCCAGCGCGGCGACAGCCCUAACAAAAUUUAGAGUCGCCCCAGCUUCUGGUAAUCCAAAUCAGAAGCUGCCGCGUCUGUAAAUUUUCACUGGGAAAAAGCGCUCGUCCGCGCUGCCCAGCGAUUAAUGUAGCUUCUAGAUCUCGUAUUAAUUGUUAGUGUGAUCAUCCUAAGCUCUGUUAUGAUAAGUUGAAGGCGCAUAAUUUAAUAAAUGACCCCAGUUAAGAGAUUUUGAAUGCGAAUGAUAGCUGAAAGCCGUGUCAGAAUGUCCUCAACAAUGAAUGACACUCCUUCCACUCUCUAGGGUAUAACCAAUACACGAGUAAACUAUUGUAUGGUACUGGUCUUGCUGCUAUUUGCUCAUAAACUAGAAAACAAAGUCACAAUUACUCUUUAACAAUUUCUGCUUUAAAAAAACGCUAUCUGAAUUCGGGUAUUCGUUCAUUCUGAUAGUAAAGUUUGAAUCAUUAUCAUUUUUGGAACUAUGUCUUACUUGUAAAUUCGUACGUGGGAUAAUUAGUUUAAUUCGUAGUAUUUAUCACAUGCAAUUUCUUUAAAUAGGGCAGUUUUCCCGCAAGACUUCAUUUCUAUUUCGAGCAUCUGCUACAAUCGUACUUUUUGCUCCUGCAAAACUCCCCCAGCAAUAAUUCAGAUAAACUUUUGUAAGUCUUCGCCGCCGGGACCGUUUGAGUGUGGGGAAGAUAACGAUGAAUAACAGUUUUGUUUUUACAUGAUUAAAUAUUUUUAAGGAAAUUGUUCUAAGUUAACUUUAUAAUACAAGUGUCAAUCAAGAAAGUUUGCAUCAUUAAACAUAAAGUUAGCGCGCUUUCGAAGAGAAUAUACUCGAACAUAAAUGCAUUGCCUUGUUUGACAUCAUCUGAUUGUAUGAAGCAAUAU